GAUUCGGUCAAGUUAACAUUAAGUCUCCAGACACUGAGUUCUGAGCCUCCCAACGUGAUCAGUUUUCGGAUUUCUCCUAUACGAACAUGACUGUCGAUACACUCAAUCGAGAUGCUGGUCAUCUGGCCAACCCAAUAUUGUUACGAAAGAUUGACGAACUUCGUGAGAAAAACGUCGGUCAACACGUUCCUCUUCCGCAGCUGGUUGUCGUUGGCGACCAAAGCUCUGGGAAAUCUUCCCUGUUGCAGAGCCUCACAAACAUUCCAUUUCCUCGCAACCUAGAGCUCUGUACCCGCUACGCGACGCAGAUAACGUCCCGCCGUGACGUAGUUUCUCGAGUUGACAUCAGCAUCAUUCCUGGGCCGCGUGCAUCUGACGAACAUAGAAAGCGCUUAGAAGAGUAUGAUCCAGGGUUGUUAUCUCCGGAAAAGUUCCGUGAUCAUUUUCAGAGCAUCCUCAAGGAAGUCAACAAUCGGAUGGGGAUCCGGACGGACCCUGCUUCGAGCGAUGGCAGGGUUUUUAGCGAAGAUGUCUUAAAAGUCGAAAUAUGCGGUCCUGACGAAGACUAUCUGACCCUCAUAGACGUACCGGGAAUAUUCCGUAAUCCAACGGAAGGAGUAACGACAAAACUUGACAUCAUCCUGGUUCAAAACAUGGUGAAGAAAUAUAUCAGAGAUAACCGUACCAUCAUCCUCGCUGUUCUCCCCAGCAAUGUGGACCCUGCUACGCAGGAAAUUCUGACACUUGCUGAGGAUUAUGAUAAAGCAGGCGAGCGGACUCUGGGAGUUUUGACGAAGCCGGAUCUUGUUACCGAAGUCAGCGCACAGGCUGCUGUGUGCAAUGUGGUGUUGGGAAAGAAAAAACCGCUUGCACUUGGAUAUUAUGUUGUUCGAAAUCGCGGCGCGGACGAUGACGAUAAGUUCGAUCAGAGUGCGGUAGAACAGUUAUUCCGGGAAAAACCUUGGAGUGAUUUGCCGAAAGAUCGACUCGGUGUGCAGGCCUUGAAGGCAAGACUGGGUGAGCUCCUAGCCAAAUCACCCGUAGGGAGUUCCCGAGACUGCAGAAGAUGUCCAAAACAGUUGACGGAUUGUCGGAGCCAGUUGGAUCGUCUCGGGCCAGCACGUCAGACUGAGCAAGAACAACGUCUAUUUCUGAGUGCAUUGGGUCGUCAAUUCCAGGAACUAGUUCAGGCAGCCCUUAACGCUCACUACUAUAGCCACAGCGCAUUUGAGAACACUAGUGAACUCAGGCUUAUUACGGAUGUCGUCAACCUCACCGAGCAAUUUAACUCGGAUUUUGAGGAUAAUGCGCAUCUCCGUCAUUUCGAAACCCAGUGCAAAACCAGUGGAGAUAGAAAUGAGAACGAAAGCGAGGAAGCGAAAUCCGAUUCGUGGCCGGAAACAAGUACAAAUCAGUCCCCAGUCGACGACCUUGGCUUUGAAGACCCUAUUCUAGAAAAUAUUGUCACUAGGGACUUCGAAGUUGACUACCCACGGGACGACAUUAUGGAUUGGCUUGGGGAACUUUAUUUACAAUCUCGUGGUGUAGAGUUGGGUACCUUUGGUGGUGCUAUACUUUCUAGCGCGUUCAGGGAGCAAUCUAGCAAAUGGGAGAAACUGACGCAGGUGUAUGUGAGUAAGGUUAUACUGGCCAUUCAUCGGUUCAUGAUCACGGCCGUGAAGAUGCUUUGUACCGAUAUUCGAGUUCAACAAGAGAUAUGGUCUUCUAUUCUCGAAGAAGUCCUUGACAGGUAUAGAGCAGCGACGAAUCAAGCCAGGUUUCUUGUGUCCACGGAGCGGGAAAAAAGACCAUAUACUUUGAAUCAUUAUUUCAAUGAAGAACUCCAGAUUUCACGUGGCAAUCGAAUAGCUGCAUUAUUGGAGGGAAAGGCUCGGAGGGAAGUCCAACCCAAUGCCUUCGGCAAGGGGGUAGUUACUACAGACAACCUUAUUGUCGAUCUGGAGUCAGUCAGACAUGCUACAACCAGUAAAAGCAAUGCGGAACACGUCAAGGAGGAAUUACAUGACAUUCUUCAAUCUUACUACAAAGUAGCGCGAAAACGAUUCGUCGAUAAUGUUUACCACCAAGCUAUCGAUCACUGCCUGCUAACAGGACCUGCAAGUCCUCUGGCUGUUUUCAGUCAGGAGUGGGCCAUAAGACUGGAGGCGGAGCAGCUGGAAAACAUCGCCGGCGAGUCACCAAUUACUAAGGAAAGACGGAGCACCCUGGAGAAAAAGAUCAACGAUUUGGAGGUGGCUAUGCGCAUCUUAAAACCUUGAUGUAUAAUUCCGGAUGAGAUACACCAUCAUAUCAUUCUACCGCGGUUGGGGGAGAAGGACGACGGUGUUUUGUAAAGUAGUUGGUUGAGAUGUCUGUCAACUGUCUGCUUGAGUCAAGCUCUGUAUUGAUGUAUUAACGAACGCAAUGUAGUAGCUGAACGCUCUGG